CGGUCGAAUGACGUUGUUUACUUUGUAAAUCCACAUCUGCACCUACGUUAAUAUGUGAUUCCUUGCGUGCAGUUCACCGCAAAACGGAAACCGAUUUGCAUUUUUAUAUAUCCCCAACCUAGCCAACAUCUUAAAUACACGAAAACAAUACACAGCGAAGGUGCACAUUACAUGAGCUCUGUUUAAACAAUCAUUUUAUGAAAAACGUGAGUUUACAAGGCAAUAAAUAAAUUACUUGAAUCUUUAUUAUAUAUUUAGUCAGAGACAUUGAAGGGAACAGUGAGAGACAGUGAGCAACUACGAAGAUGAACAGGUUUUUAAUUUUAGCAGUUACAAUUUCCUACAUCUCCGCAAAUGUCGUGAUAGACGGCAAAGCCAAAUUCAGAGCAGUCCAUAGAGCAUGCCAAGAGGAUCCCAAAACCUCGGUGCCAGAAGAACAGAUCAUGAGACUGUUCCGAGGUGAAUGGAUCGAAAACGAGAAAUUAAAAUUGCACAUUGUUUGUAUGUAUAAGGGAUUGGGCGUCAUUGAUGAUGACGAUAUCAUAGACGGCGACAUUUUGAGGAAACAAUGGGCCGAGCAGUAUUCAAAAGAAGACUACAACAAAUUGCUCGAUUGUCUCAUCGCAUACGACACACUAAUUGACACCGUCUGGGAGUUGAGAAAAUGUAAACAAAAAGCAGUUAAUUCUAUUAUUGAAAUAGAGACAUUGUGGUACGAUGAUAAAAUUAAUAAGGAGGGAGAGAAUGCUGAGUCGACUACGAUCAAACUAGAAUCUCGAGAAACUUGGAAAAAUUGCUUCUAAUUAUGUAAUUAUAUUUCUAUAUUUGAAAGUAUCUAUUUUUAAGAAAUAAACUUAUAAAUAUAAAUAUAUAGAUUUACUUGUUGUUUGGGUCCUCUAAAAAUCAGGAAACCACGAAUUAAAUCAAAUGUGUAUCUUAAAGUUCAAACAUUAAUGUUCUAUAUAAACUGAAUAAGAUAAAAAAGUAAAAUAAAUUAGCCAUAGUUGUUUUAGUAAUGCUUAUUAAUUUAUAGUUGUUUAAAGUUAAAAAUUUCAAAUUGAACUGAAAUUGAAACCUUUCUGCAAAUAUCAACUGAGAACCACAUGCUCCAAUCUUAAUAAUUAAAUUGGAAGUGACACAUUCAGUAUUAAACAUAAAUAAGAAUAAAGCUGUUCUGCAAAAAGAACUUGCAAAUGGUUGGUAAAUACAACAAAACAUGCAGAAUAAUUGCAACAUAUUGACGGAGACGAUAACUAAAAACCAGAUUUUGAACGAUCGAAUAUAUAUAAAGGUGAGCUGAUCAUAAAUGGUCAGUUCGGCACAAUAACGCAUAUUGAAAACAGAAACAUAAAAUGGAGAAAUACUUUCUUUUGGUGUUUGCUGCAGCAACUGUGUACGGUUCAUCUUCCGACAUCUUCGAAGGAAGAACAGAUGAUGAAUGGGCUGAGUUCCAUGUAGUUCACAAAAAGUGUCAGGACGAUCCGUCCACAAACGUAAAUAAUGAGGACGUUUUAAAGUUAUUCGAAGGUAUAAUUCCAGAGAAUGAAAAACUGCCAGUACACAUGCUCUGCAUGUACCAAGGUUUUAAUCUUAUGUCCGUUGACGGAAAACUCAAGAAGGACGCUAUCAUUAGCAAAUGGUCAAAACACGUUAAAGGAGAACUCCUAAACAAAUUGAAAAACACAUGCCUUGACGACAAGGAGGACGCACCUACCACGGCCUGGGAAUUUUUGAAAUGUCAACAUAAAGUUGGUUUUUCUUUAUACGGAAAGUACUAAAAUAUAUGUAAUAAACUUUUAAUCACG